ACUCGCUACAGAACGAUCGAAAUUGGCGGGAAAUCCAAAAUGGCGGAAAAUGGCCCGUUUGGAGCAGAAGAUUACGAACAAGUCGCCUACACACAGCGGCUGAAGGCUGCAGUGCACCACACAGUGGGACAGAUGUGUGAUAACAUCAGUGAGGAAAGUGGAGUGACCUUCUCUCGCCAGGUCAUAGCAGCCAUGUCGGAGGCAACCAUGAAGAAAUGUGGAGAAUUUGCAGUGGACCUGGAGCUUUUUGCCAGGCAUGGGAAGAGAACUGUGGUGAAUGCAGAUGAUGUGAAGUUGGUGGCCAGAAGAAACAAAGCUUUGGAAAGGCACAUCUCACUGAUGGCAGACAGUCUGGUCUCAGAGAAGGAGAAGAAAAAAUCCAAGAAGGCCAAGAAGGUGACGGCACCUUCUAACACCAGUGAUGCGGAGAACGACGACUCUAACAUGGGAUGACACUAUUUAUGCCAAUCCUUGGCUCCUGUCUUAAGUUGAA